AUGCACAGAAGCAGUGGUGGUAGUAGGAGAAGUCCCCCCCUGCCGAAGAGCCUGAGCGGCUUGCUGAACUCAAGCGGCGGCUCCUGGAGAGAAAUGGAGAGGAUGUACGUGAAGAAAACCAUGAUCCAGGACGACCUGAGCCGAGGCAGGAACAACACCGACAACCUGCUGGCGAACAAGCCUGCCAACCUCGAUGCCGCUCUGGCUCUUCUACGGAAAGAGAUGGUGGGCUUGCGUCAGCAGGACAUGUCCUUGCUGUGCCAGCUGUGGUCACUGCACGAGUCAAUCCAGGAGUACAAAGGGAGCUGCCAGGACCUGAGCGCCGCGUCCAGCCUCAGCAUGAUGGACAAUGGCUACUUCGAUGAGGACGAUGAGUAUUACCCCGAGCCUGGCAACACUCCCACUGGAGAACAGCCGGAUGGAGAGGUUGGAUAUGGGACAGCAACAAUGAUGACGGCCAAGAAUGGAAGCAGCAGCGGCAAAGACGACAGCUGGGAUUCUUUUCAUGUUGCCAUCUGAGGGCUCAUUCUCAGCAUUUCUCUGCAGAUGGGUAGUAGACAUCCUGGGGGUAACAGACUGAGUUAAGCUGGUGGAAAAGCUGAGUGGCUUUGGAAACUCUCUGGCCUCCAAGAACAGUGAGGUUGCUUAGAGAUAGCAGGUUAUGGUGUCCAAUGACCAUAAUAGACUAUAACUGUAAAGCACCAGCUCCAGCUUAACUUUAACUCUUCCUCAGGUGAAACGUAUACCUGCUUGUGCUGCAGAAUGUUUUUUCCUCGCUGCUUGACCAGGAGCCUUAUCAGGCUGCGGAGCUGAGUGGCCAGAUGUUUUUUUUGACUGAUGGCUGUUUAACAUCCUCAGAAACUCAGGAGUUGUGAUGGAUAGUAUUUAAAGACUUCUUAUACUCAUAAUUAGGCAAUAUAUACAAUAUAUUUCUUUUUUUAAAAGGCUCUGCUGCUGCUUCUAUAUCAAGUGGUUUGGCUGUCGCCUUUUUUUUUUUUACAUAUACAAAAUAUAUGGACAAAAUUUUAUUUAUUAUAUAAUAUAAACAACCAGAUAUUUGCUUUCCUGUUACUCUAUGGAUGUUUUGUACUGCAGCUCUACCCAGGUACAGGCGUCCGGCAUGUACGAAAUGGGAAUCCCCAAAACUGGGGCAUCAAAAGUGAAUGCAGAGAUUUCUGAGCUCUGCAAUCAAAGAGGUUAUCGACUUUGUGGACAUGCUGAUGGAGACUGUUUGUUACUAAUCAGUGAUGUGUAUAAAUUGGAAAGGUCUGGAGAUGAGUUGUCAGACCUCACGAAUGGAGAAAGAGGUGGAGUCCUCAUACCUGUAUGCUGAAUACAGUCUUUUUUUGCUUUUCAGAAGGAGCAGAUAUGUGCUCUGAAAAUGUGAAAUGUUAAACGCUGAAAACAGUUUUGCAUUGUGACAAACCUGGAAGCCCAGUGUGUUAGGCUACAGAAACAGUGCUGUGUUUCAUGAACUGUGAUGUGUCACUGAAGAAGGCCCAGAUAACAUCCAAGUAAUAUCAAACACUAAGACGUGAAUCUGGCAAAUUAUGAUCCUUUUUGUUAAUUGCAACUCAGGUCUCAUUUCCACUGUUACGGCCAUCAUUCCUGUCCGUUAUAACAUUGCAUGUACUGAGUUGAUGGUUGAGGUCUGGGAAAGUGGCAGGAUCGCCAAAAAGAAGUCAGACGGGAUGAGAAACUCAGGCAGCUGCUCCCAGAUGUGAACAGCUGCAGUGAAGUGUGAUCAUAAUCAAUAGACAUGUAAAUAAAACCCAAGUUGGAAUAAAUGAAGAUUAUCCUUUAACAUAGCCAGGUAGCAAGUGCUAACUAUCAAGCUGAAAAUAAUCAGUAAAAACAAACAAACAAAAAAAGAUAAAGUGACUUAUUCAGCAAUUUUCCUCAUAACCAGCUCUGAGACAUUCAUUCCUAAUCUGCUCAGGCAAAUCCUGGUCAGGUCUCCCUUAAAAAAAGAGAUCUUGAUCUCAGUGGGACUUCCUGGUACAAUAAAGGUUAAAUAAAAUAAAAGAUAAAAUACUCCAUCAGAAGUGCAUGAAUGUGUUAGUGUCACAUUUUCAGCAGUCGGGUUUCUGUGGCCUUCAGCUGUUGCUUACAGUGUAAACGCACAACUGUAGCUCUACACCUGGUAGCAAAUAUCAGCUGAGUACAGGCUGUUUUAUACUUGGUGUCCUAUAUAAACAUCUUCAGCAACCUCAUCCUGCCAACACUAACAACAGGCUUAAGACCUGUCUGAUCACUAUUUAAGACACGUCUGAGGGAUGUAAUGGACAUUAUGACGGUGUUUCAUCAUACCUGCAUAUCUCCUACGGGCUGUCCUACAUUUAUAUAAUGCGGGGUUUCAGUUACCUGACAGUACUGGUCGCUAACAAGAUUGUAACAGCAGGCGUUUUUCACUUGGAACAAAACAUGAAAAUACCUUCCAGUACAGUGAAAUAACUCUCUCCUGGUGAAUCUCUGCUUGCUGUUUGAAGAGUGUUUUUCAUUGAAACUUUGAACUAAACACUCCACAGAUGGAGCCUUACUUUAAACUCCAGGUAUCUUUUACACCCAUUGACCCACGACAAGCUAUUGCAUUUGGAUGUGCACAUUUUUGUACUUCUGAUACACCUGAAUGGUCUGUUCUGUCUUCCUUCAUAUCUAAACUCUACAGCAAAGGUCUCAGCUGAACCUGUAGCAUGUACUGUCAUACAUGACAGCUGUCCUAGCACUCAAACUGCAGGCAGACUUUAUUGCAUCAGCACCAACCCUCACCUUGAGAAGCUGUAUAGUGUCUGUAUAGAUCAUAUCAUGUUUGUAGACUGGUCCACUAUUUGUGCGCUUGUGGGGCACAAACCAAAGAAAGUACAGCCGUCAAAAUGAGAUGUAUUUGGUGCUGAAGAAAACGCUGUCCUAGCUUACUUAUCAUGAAUGGUUAUAUUUUGUUUCUAAGGUAAACUUCAUAAUGAUGUUGGUUGUCUUGAAAAAAAAUGUCUUUACAAGUCAUUUUGCAGCUGAUGAAUGGAGUUAGGGGCUUCACUGAUGGAGCGAACACUAUGCCUUUAGCCUACUCAACGAACUACUCAUAUUUUCAAUUUACACAAAGUGUUUGAUGUUUAAUCAUGGUUAUUGUAAGCCGGAUGUCACCACUUGACAUAUGAAAGUCUAAAACACCUACAUGUGCUGUGGAAAGAGCUCGAAGUCAAAGGUGCAGUAACAGUUGCUGUGUACAAAAUUGAUGGUUGAACAGUUUGAUCGUUGCUAUUAAAAGUGAGUAAAGUUAAA